AUGGGAGUCAAGAAGAGACCGUACUCAGCGGGAAAUGGCCCCAAAUCAAGAGUCAAAAGAGCAGACUCCUACGAACCAAGCUCUCUGGUCAGUGCACACCGAUUUUUCAGCCGAAAAAGCCCAGACGCCAGCACCGGUAUCCGACGCAGUGCAGCGUUCGUUCCUCUAACAGAGCUGGAAUACAGCGAUUUCCAAGAUUCGAAAGCUUUCGGUGAGGUCCAAAACGAUGUUUUGGACUUUGUUCAACUGGAAAAUGGCAUUUCGUACCUUUCCAUCCAAGAUUUUAGCGCCCUGGACUUGGCCUUGGUUUUAGGAUUUGUGUUUGGCAACAGAGGCAAGCAGUGGGUUAGAGAGGGUGCAACAGAUCCAGUCCAUGUCGCACGCGAAGUGCCAAUAAGGGGAAAUUUCUACGUUCAUAAGUCCUGUGGAAUUGCACCAGAGACGAGCAAAAUAAGAGACGGCCUCACAAUAGCGAAGUUCGUCGAGCUUCGCGACUUCACCGAGAUCUUCGUGAACUGCUACGGGACUGGCACUCUGUUUGAGUCUGUCUGUAGGUUGACGAAGAGACUGAAGUUCCAAAAAUCGGCUCCUCGAGUCAAGCAGGAGUUCCCCAUAAGGUUCAGAGAUCUAAAAUCGAAGAGAGCCAUUGCAAUGACGACCGUACCGUUCUUGGAAAGAGGAAUUUUGAUGGACUCGGAGGCCCUGUCGAAGAUCAACCGUCCGGUUGUAGAAAAGAGCAAGACUGCCCUGAACACAUUUAUUGAAGCAGUGCGCAGGCAUAACGAAGUCUCGUCCCCUGCAACAAAUCAGGAAUCCGUGGCUACACCUAGAUUAACUUCACAGACUCCCGGUCCCGCUAAGAAGGCCGGUACAAGCACAUCGCGGUACGGUGGUCUCACUAGGACAGAUCAAACGGCCACCAGAAACAACGCUGUGCGCAGCGUCAAUGGAGACGGCAGGACGCUGGACGCCCAAUCGCGCACAUCAUCUGCGAGCUACCUCAACCAAGAACAGAUCCAAGACUAUUGUGUUGCAAGCGUAAAAGCGUCAAUUGAUACAGUAAAAUCCAAAUCGCCAUACCAAAUUUUGAAAACUUACAUCAAGUGCCCGCGCCAGCAUUAUGUGGACCUUGUCUACGAUAAUCUGCACGAUUUGAGGUCCAAGACGAACUGCAAUGUCGUGGUGAUGAACUUGAACAACGUCCAUGAGUCUGCCACAUGGUUCGGCUCGCUAGACGUGGCCAAGUAUACAAAAGAAUCAAAAAUUGUCUCUGUUCCACAUCCAAGCACUGUGAGAGUCGUAAGCAUUGGUGGUAUUGGCGAACACAACCUGGAGGCCCUAAAACUACUUCUCAAUCUACUGGAGACCAAGGUAUAG